AUGUCGAUAAAUUUAUUUCAGGUCAAAGGAUCCGGGAAUGAUAGAAUUUUACUCCUUCCACUUUUGCCAGCGAAAGAUAAAACUUCUCCCAAGUUACAACCGCUCGCUGAUAAAAUCACUAAUUUACUGCUGAAGUAUCCUGGCUGUAGGGUGGCGGAGUUUGCUUUCGCUGAUAUCUUCUUGCGGGAGUAUGGGCAAAUGUUAAAACCUAAGGACUGGGGCUUCACUACCAUGACUUCCUUACUACAAGCACUUGGAGAUGUUUUGGAGAUCCAAGGCAGCGGCAACAUGGCUGCAGUUUGCCUUAAACAUGAACAUCUUCUGGAGGUGUUUUCACGUCGUGUUAUUAAUGUGUUAACCGAGCAGUCUGAUAAAAGUAUUCCCUUGUCCAAGUUCGUCACUGCUUAUGAGAAACUUUGUAACCACAAGCUGCGCGUACAGAACUUUGGUUUUGCGUCACUUGAAGAUAUGUUACUUGCAGUUUCACCCGUAGUUAAGGUCGAUACGAAAGGAGACAAACUGUCCCUGACGCUGCUUCAAACUUUUGCUAUCGAAACAAGGGAUCUUCUUAAACAUCUCAAUGGAUGUGUUUCUCUAAACCGCUUUGCGCCAAACUUCCAGCAGUUGUACGGUCAACCCUGCAAAGCGUCUGAUUACGGCUUUAGUCGCAUAUCGGAAGUGAUAGACGCAGUGUCCAAUGUGGCUGAAAUACGCGGCAAGGGUGCAGAGAAGAUGGUUGUCUUGGUCGAUGGGGACAACGUGAGUCUGCUCGGCCCUGGAAAUACAGGGCAAACGAAAGCUGGAACGAAGGACUGCAGAUUAAGCGACUCGCCCUCUGCUGCAGUGGAGGAAGAGGAUGAGGUCGUAGUGAUCAUUGAUGACAAAGAGGAAGAGGAUUUGAUAAUUCUUGAUGGUGAAGCCUCCGGCACCUUUCCAGACCAGACUGUGACCGAUGACUGGCUGAUGGCACCAGUGCCCGAGACUCUCCCAGAGCCGGAGCUGCAGCCUGCCAUCCCUGAGCCACCUCCUGUGGGAGAUCUGAUAUCCUUCACUGAGUUUGACAUGGAGGUGCUGUUAGAAGCCAUGGAUGACGCAGGAAUUUCUGACACCUUGGGUAAUGUGGCGGGAGGUGACUUGACUGAGUUAUUAGCAGAAUCCAAUGAACUGUCAGGAGAAUACAACGGUGCAAGGUCACCUCAGCCCAACUUCUCCGACAGGCUUUCUCCCAAUGGUAAGUCCUCGUCGUCCCGUACGGAUCUAAAAGAUUUGGAGUUUGCCUUUGUAUCACCAGCACGUAUAAGGAAUGCAACACAGAUGCAGGCCAGUCCAUCUCCUCGUAAGGCUGGGGUUUUGUUCCUCUCGGAAGUGGAAGCUGAUAUCCUGUCUGACUGUCAGCCAGAAUCGGAAUUUUCAAGAAAUCUCGCCGCGUCAUUUGGAGAGGAAGAAGUUGACAAGCCUGCUGUCCAGCGAAAGAUUUCUGAUGAGAACAGGAGAGCAAAACCUAGAAAGUUCUCUGCUCCGAAAGUCAAGUUGGCUGUUAAUUUCAGCAAGACGCCAAACAAAUGAGAACUCCUUGGACCAUAAGCCGGUGGUAACAAAAUUGGUAAUCUGUUUCUAUUCACGAGUAAUCUAGCUGUUGUUACUGUUUCUUUCAUGCUUCUUUUUGUUGCAGAUUUUUUAUAUAUAGUGUGGUACUUUACAGUGUUACUUGCACUUCCAUUGAUACUGUCUGAAAAAUUUUGAUAUCUUUUUGACACUCGUUUUGAAGGUAGUCAAUGAGUCUUCGCCAGUAGACCUAGGUUAGACCAACGAGUGGGUAUCAAAUUGUAAGAGUUUGACGGAAAUGCAGGGAGCGCUGCAAAAACUCCAAGCAUCGUUCUUGUCCUCAUCUCGCUUUGUACAAUGUGGAUUCUGACUGGUAGAAUGCAGAAACUUCGGCCAAAGGGUAGUUUAAGAGAUAUCAAAUUAAGUCAGUCAGUUCUGUUUAAAUGAGCUCGUGGUACAGACAUACGGAUCUUGUACAUAGAAGAUCCACUUUCCUGGAAGGAGCUAAUAAGUUUGAUGGUUUAUUUUUUGUUAAACUUAGGUAGUCUACCAUGUACUUUGUGCUUCAUGUUUUAACUUUCACCUAUGUUGGUGUUCCUUAAAUUGCUUAGAUUUAAAAUUGGUAUAUUUCCUCGAUUUAUUUUUGAUAGAAUAUGAUUAUCUGUCUGCAGUUAAGAUUCUCGGCAGAUUUUUCCCAGCUCUUUGGAACAAUUUUUGUACCAAGAGAAUCUGGUCUUUUCAAGAUAUUAUUUCUCUCAAGUAAGAGAAACUCCUCGUUACAGUUUCAGUGAAGAAAUUGUAGAAGUAGUUUUUAAAGGGCUGCAUUGUUUGACAUAGUGAAACGGAACAGUGGAACAAUAACCGUUGUUCAUCGUGUAUCAAGGAAGACGUAUUUUUCUUCAAAUGUAUUCAUUCUUGCUUGCAAAUUUUCCGUCCAUUACUUUAAUGAAUACAGCCAGGCUGUGAUUUGCAGUAGCUCCCUUACUCAUCCCUCAAGAGGAGCUGUUGUUUCGCAUAACCAAAAACAAAAAUGGACGAUUGCUUGCUGACAUCGAGCAACUCAAAGCCAUUUUGAGUAUAGGGUUGAUAUUUUGUGAGUAGCACACCCAAUGCAUGAUCUUUUGAUAGAGUUCUCAACCUGAGCUGCGUGCGUUUAUGUUGUUUUGCGUGUUUUCGUUUGAUAUUUUCGCCACUUUUUUUCUUCGGGAAAAUGUUGGCCUAUUUAUCUUCUUUCAAGCCUGUUCCUUAGCCAGCAGGCAGAUCCUUUAAUGUGAUUGGACGGUAUGGGACGCCCCAUUGACGUCAUCAGUGGGUGUGUUCCAGUCCUUUCUGAGUCAAAGGAGGGUGAUGUGUUAGUGUUUGUGUUGUUUCAUAUCAGUGUUGAAACGUGCGUGGCUUCGUGCUUAAUGCUACAAGGGAUGAUCUCAGUGGAGCAGAAUGAAGGUGCGAUACACAAGAUUGGACACAGAAGGACAUGUUGCUGGAGGGUUUUGCUAUACUUGAACCUUGACAACUGAAGACUAAAGGAUCAGCAUCUCGGUGUUCUGCCUGUGGAAAUCAUCCAGACUUAACAGAUUAAACAGAUCGACGAGAAUUCUUAAUGCUGAAUGCAGAAGAGGGAUUAGACCCACACCAAUGGUAUAAGAAUGACGACGAGUAACUUGGCUCUUCGUGAACGUUGUUCGGGAAUCAAUGAAAUUAUUGUUAAAUCCAAAAUAGGCAAAUUAAGAUAUUUUGAACAGAGAAAAGAGAUGGUGAGAUGGUUAGAUGGUUAGGAAUAUUGAAAUGAUAGCGUCUGUUAAGCCUGAUUCAGUUUGCAAUCUGUGACGUGACCAGUUAGAAGGAAAUGGAAAUUUUUCUUUUUUUGACGAAAUUUUCCGAAUCCGGCGAAUAUUAUCUUAAUGGAGACAAAAAUUUGGACUUACCGAUGAGGAACAUCGUAGCGUGGUCCUUGCGCUUGCCUGGGUUUACGAACAGAGGUAAAGAAAAUAGCUGUUACAAAUGUGAAAGAUUGAGAGAAACUCCGAAUACCAGGCGAAAGGUGGACUUAAUUUAUCAAGAAUUUUGUGGUAGCAACGCUCCCAUGGAUUUUCACAAGAGAAAAAGAGGAAGAAUAUUGGACGCCUGGGGCUGUCAUCUCCAUGGAGAAGUUUUUCGCUCGGAGAAAAGAAAAAAAUCAGUUAGAAGCGUGUUUUUAUAGUGUGGCUCUUAAGCUCGAAAUAAAUAGUAUUGUUUUCAAGUUAUGUACCAAAGAAGGGAUUAAUUUUUUUUUUCUUUCGUAAAAUGAAAUGGGUUUCGAUUUUCCGCGAGUGAAAUAGCCAUACGAGGCAAGGUCUCGCAGUUCAGCAGCGCGUCAUAUAUUUUUAGUGGACGGUGGUAUAAUUAGAGUCAGACGAGGACCUUGGAUGUUGAGAAUCAUGGCAACCCAGCUUUCAGCACAGAGGGAAAGUAGAAGUAUCCAGUUCUCAUUUUCCAGUCAAAAGAAGGAAAACUCUUCGUCAAAUUGCAGGACUGUUCUUAUGAAUAAACUAUUCACGCGAUACGUAAAGCUGAUACACAUUUCACAUCUUGAGAACAAAGGCAACCGACGAAAGCAUUUCUCCUAAGAUCUGGCAAACGAUGCCACUUACUCCUUAACCCAACGACUGUAAAAAAAGAAAACACUUGUGACACCUGGCCAUGGGAAACAUCUACUGCAAACAGUGAUACAAAAGAUGAAUAUUUGACAGAAUGAAUAAGAAUUAUAUUUAGCUAUGUCCGCGAAGGAAGUGUUAUGUUUAUAUAAAUAUCAGUAUGUUUAUGAUAUUCACACUGCUCAGUUGAAGAUUAUGUGAUGAGGGCAACAUCGAAAAAACUUAGCCCGCUAGUUUUAAAGAUAUCAGUUGGCAGAUGAAGAGGAGAAAGUUUUUAUUCGCGUAGGAGUUGUUGUAAUUUUUAAACAGAAGCCUUUUGGACUAGGCGAACAGUACUCAAGUUUUUUUGAAUCGCGUCUGCCGGGAAGAUUACACAUUUCAUUCCGAAGAAGCUGCCCUUAACAGUCUUAACAGUCCGAGGCUUUUUCGGAGCACGCCAUUGCAUUGCGUUUCGGAAAAAAAUAAAGCGAAGGUAGAAUGUUUGGAAAUGGAAAGUAAAAACUGCUCGUAGGAUUUGUUGAAGUCACCGUGAAACGUGGAAAUAACCAAUCAAUAAAAAUGUUUAUGGGAAUAUCGCACGAAGAAAACCCCGAUGUGUCUUUUUUGUCGAAGCAAAAUAGCUUUAUUUAAGAAGUAAAGUUUGGUUCAGCAAGGAGUCUUCGUGCAAUCAACUGAAGAGGUUUGGAAACUCAAGGAGAUAGUGAAGACAGAUGAAAAUAAAUUCAAGCGUGGAAAUGGACGUUGAUGCCAAAGAAGGAUUAUUAAGAAAAAAUGAUCAAAUCAACGGAAUGAUUUUUAACUACCAUGGUAACCAAGAAGAUAAGUGAAGGCAAGGAAUAAAACAAGUCUUUCUUGUUCGAUAGGGGCAUUCUGAGACUCGAGAGUUGGAAACAAGUAUCAGAGGAAUUUUAAAAAAGCUUGUGUUAUUUAAUUGCUGUUAAAUUUUCCCUUGUGUGUUAAAGCAUGAACGAGGUUGAGAACAUCUAUUAAAGCAAUCCAAAUUCAAUCUUCUCGCGAACGGGGCAUUUUUGUGCUAAAACUUCUCGCUACCAGCUCCUCUAGGAUGAGAACCCAAAUAGUCUCAGCUUCUCCUUCCUGCAGGACAAAGUAUGAAUUCAUUCACGGCGAAAAAUAUAUAUGUUCACAAUCACGCCCUUACAAUAUGCUACUUAAUGAUGAGGCUUUUCUGAUAAGUUUUACAUUUUGUUUUCUCAGAAGUUGAAGUCAUUCACUUCACUUAUGCUAAACUAUUCACGUUGCUACUGAUAAGAAUAUGCAUUCAAAUAAUACAGCCCAAAAUAGCCUUUCCCGUGAUAAUUUCUUGUGUAAUUAAUUGUUUAUAAUUGUCUCCUGACCGGUUAUGAUAUAAGUUGAAGAUAACUAUCUUAGGUUUGCUUUCUUGCUUGAUAAUUACUCUUUACACCUAAUGCAUGGUCCCGAGGGAAACAGUUAGUUUUGUUUUCCCGUGGGUCCUGGUGUUUCCCGAGACGAGGUCGAGGGAAACAUUAGGACUCGAGGGAAAACAAAACUAACUUGUUUCCCGAGGGACCUUAUAUUAAGUGCUUUGUUAUAUAUUUAGACUUCCCCUUGAAAAAAUAUGGCAAAAACAUGCUGUAGUGGUCGGCGCGCGGUUAACAACUGCGCAGUCGUAUCCUAGUUGGGAUAAAAUUAACAGUCAGGAUACAAUUGAAUUUCAUCAGGGGCACGUGAGUGAAAGUCUAGGUAUAUAACAAUAUAAAUUAUUGGUUAUGUUAAAGUUACGUAGCAAGUUUUGGUGUGUUACCUCUGGCUCAGUAGCAAAUUAAUGACAACUUUAUUAUUUCUUUACUUCAAAGAAGAAGUUUUCCUUUACAUUAGCUGUUAAUGUGGAAGAAGGAAAUUGACUAUCAUAGUUUUAUCUGCCUCAAUAAACUCACUUGUUUCAUGAA